CGCAGCAGAAUCUCCAUCAGCCGAUCUACUAUCGUGAACUCAGCACGGGAAGCGUCUGUCAAAAACGACACGAACAACUUGUUAUCAGUAGCUUGCUCCCGCUCGUCAUCAGACAUGGACACAGCGUCCUCCCCUUCCAGUCAGUGCAGUUAUGAAGAGUAUAAGGAGACAGCAGACUGGCUGCUUGCCCACACAGAGCAGCGUCCUAAAGUGGCCAUCAUCUGUGGUUCAGGCCUUGGCAGUCUGGCUGACCUGCUGAGUGACAAGGCUGUGUUCCCGUACAAGGAUAUUCCACACUUUCCCAUCAGCACUGUGCCAGGCCAUGCUGGCCAGCUGGUGUUCGGGAAGCUGCAGGGCCGUGAGUGUGUCUGCAUGCAGGGGAGAUUCCACUUCUACGAGGGCUACGACAUCCACACGGUCACCUACCCGGUGCGAGUCUUUUUCCUGCUGGGCGUGGAAACUCUGAUUGUGACAAACGCAGCGGGGGGACUCAACGGCCGCUAUGACGUGGGAGACAUCAUGCUCAUUAAGGAUCACAUCAACAUGCCAGGCUUUGCGGGGCAGAACCCGCUGUGUGGGCGCAAUGAUGAGAGGUUUGGAGUGCGCUUCCCUUGCAUGUCGGACGCGUAUGAUCGUGACUUGAGGGUUCUGGCCAAGCAAACAGCAGAGGAGCAGGGCUGCGACAGCUUCCUGCAGGAAGGGGUUUACUGCAUGCUGGCAGGGCCGACAUACGAGACCAUUGCAGAGUGCAGAGUCUUGCAGACGUUGGGGGCUGACGCUGUGGGUAUGAGCACAGUGCCAGAGGUGGUGGUGGCUCGUCACUGCGGCUUGCGUGUCUUGGGUCUGUCCCUCAUCACCAACAAGGUUGUGACAGAUUAUGACAGCAACGAGAAGGCAAACCACGAGGAGGUGCUAAGGACCACCCAGCACCGAACCCAGGACCUCCAAAAGCUCGUCAGCCACCUCAUCACCAAGAUCUAACAUCUUCACCUGAAAUCUGCUGACAGAAAAGUGUGUGCGGGUGGUGAGCCAGUCAAGUUGGUGUGGACAAGUUAUUAUUUGAGUGUGGUAAUGGCAAAUGUGUGUAAUUGGGGGUAUGAGUGAGGUGUUUCGGGUAGAGGGCCACUUGAAGACACUUGUAAGAGCUGGAAAUGUCGACGGCACUUGUAUGUGUCUAGUUUGCUACUCAGUGCUAUUACAGUAUAUACAUUAUUUCUGACAGCUUACUAAAUUUACUCUUCAAAGGUGUAGAAGUAUCUAUAAAUUGAAAGAGAAACAACUAGCCAGUUAGCCAUUAAUCAGAGAGUUUAAUAGAAGCCAAGGAUUGGCUGUAUUUGCUUUAACAGUUUUUGGCUUAGCAUUGUUCAGUCCUUUCUGUCACAUAAUGAUGAUUAGUAGGGUACUACAAUAGCCCUAAAAUGACAACUCAUGGGUCUCUCUAUAUUCUGUAGGUGACAUAUUUGCUUUUGUUGUGGUAUUAUGGCAUGGUAAAACAGAUUACAGUGUACUACUCCCUAAUUUAAAAUGGCCACGUUCUCAUAUAUCCCAGAUCAUGGAUCAAUAAAUGUAAUAGGAAUACUGUGGAGGCUAUUGUACAUCCCCCACUGGUGUGUAUUUCCAUCCUGCAUCAGUGCUUUGAGGUUGUUUAUGCUUCCCUUUACUACCUGUUAGGGUCCAAGUGGCAGCAUACAAAAAAAUAGCCCCUCUCAGAUGGCUGAACUCAGCAUAAUAAUAUUAAUAUUUGACCAUUUUAUGGCCAGUUUAUGGUUCUGACUACUAACUAAUAAUGACUACUAAAGGUGGACACAUGAAGCCUUUAGAUGUACUGGAAUGACUGUGUCAUGGCUAGUAGUUAUGAUCACUGAGUAGCAUCCUGUUCUUGUUGAUGGAGACUCAACAAAACAUCGUCUUUACCUCAUCUAUAAAUGACUAAAUGUCUGUCAUUAACAUUCACAUGCCGUCACUGACAACCUGUCAAUUAGAGUGAGACCCUCCAUUAUUUACAUGGGUUACAUGAGUACUGUAUAUGCUACAUGUCAGGUGCCUUUAGUGAGAGCUAUGUAUACAACUACCACCUAUGAAUGCAUCAUCUGCAGACUUGAGAUGUAUUCAGAGGGCACUGUGCACUUACCCGUUAGCACUGACAUGCUGGUGCAGGGGAACAGCUGGUGGGAACAGCUCGGUACUUCUCUGGCUGGGAAUUAGAAGUGAAUCCACGGAAUAAUAGUUCCUAACAGAGAGAAUGUACAAUCAACCUGGAAGCUACUUUAAUUUAUUUUGCUAUUGCUAGUUAUUAACGUUGUACAAUAAAGACUUAUUUUAGCUAUAAAUCAAAGUAUGUCGAUUAACAUUCCACUUAUUUUAGCGAAAUUAUAUUUAUUGAUUAAAAAUGUAUGACAAAAUUGCAAUUCAGUCCUUGUUGGUUUUAGCUGAAUCUGUUUCAGAACAAUGGAGAGUUUUAGUGAUCUUGUAGAUCUGUGGAUUUAUAUUUAUACCAAACUAAUGAAUCACUAUAAAAGCACAAUAUAAUCUGAAAGAAAUACCUGGAGUCAAAGGCUUAUCUGGUCAGUCAGUUGUGAUGUAUGAAGGUUUUUCUGCAGUGGAUUGCAUUUGGAUGAGUUUUACUUGUACACCAAGAGACCACAACACUGUAAUAUCAGUGAGGACUAUAAUAAUGAAAGCUGGGCCUGAAGUUUUCAAUCUUCUCUGCACUGAUCUAUAACCUCCUGCCAGGUUCUCCUGACCGUCUCAUUAAUUAGAGCUGGGAAUCCUAGAUCAGCAGUCCACCUCUCAGACCAUCAGGCUCAAGAUCAAGAUGCUAAUGGAAAUCUUAAAGGGGAACUCCAUGCUGAAUGAAGCAUCACUGAACUGUAAUAUCUGGAGUUGCUAAGCCUGAUGACAGGGAAACUAGUGAUUUACAUACACAGUUAAUUCAAUUUAAGAUGUAAUACCACGUUUGCUACUUUCCUGUGCAAGCACAGCUCCUAAUUUAACAUUUUGUUUCCUCGUUAGUCUUCUGUUGUUGUCUGGCUAGUCUUCCACACGCUCGCAUUUAUUAGACUGAACAAUACUAUAUUUUGUACGCUCAGUUGAAUCGUAAAUGUCUCAGGUCAGAAUGUAACUCACAAGAUAAACCUACUGUGUCUCUACUGACUUAGAACAACUUAUUUUUAUGCAAAUGUUGCUGCUGACAAAUAAAAACUUAACGAUG